CGUGCACCUGCUGUUAGGCGGGGGAGGCUGCUCGCAUCAACGCGCGCGUGCACUCAUUUGUCUUUUAUUUUGUUAUUGUUAUAAUUAUUUUUAUAUUUUGUGUCAUUUGGCCUCCGAUCAUGCAAAGCACAGUCAAUCUUUCCACGCCUUUUCCACUAUAAGAGUUGCAUCACGGCAUUAUUAUGCACCGCGCGUGAUGCUUACUUUAGGACCAACUUCACUAUCAGUCACCGCUCAUCUACUCACACGUUACCGAAAAAUCAGCUAUAAAAAAAAAACAAAAAAAAAAAAAACAGCUUUAUAAACGUCUCCGCACUCAGCAUUUUUUAGAGAGAGAGAGAGAGAGAGAGAGAGAGAGAGAAGGAGGAAGAGUUGACAUUCCAUCCUGCCAUUAUUGGCCAAAGUGGAUUAACGAUACACACCUGCUUUCCUGUACAGAACGUAACUGUAUUAGCUGGACGUCGAACAGCAGCGCGACUCUGUCCUCAUGCGUGUCCAUGGAGCCGUGCGUGCCUGAUGAACUCUUCCAGUCGCACAGCCACGCCGAACACACCUUCAAGCGCAUGGAGACCUACCUAAGGACACGCAAACUGUGCGACGUGGUGCUCGUAGCCGGGGACCGCAAAAUUCCUGCGCACAGGUUAGUCUUGUCCUCUGUGUCGGACUACUUUGCAGCCAUGUUCACCAGCGACGUCCGGGAGGCCAAGCAAGAGGAGGUGAAGAUGGAGGGAGUGGAUCCAGAUGCAUUGUGGGUUUUGGUGCAGUAUGCAUACACGGGGCGGUUGGAGUUGAGGGAGGACACGAUUGAGGCUCUGCUGUCGGCGGCGUGUCUGCUGCAGCUCUCGGCCGUGGUUCAGGCCUGCUGUAGCUACCUGAUGAAGCAGCUGCACCCGUCCAACUGCCUGGGAAUCCGCUCGUUCGCCGACGCCCAGGGCUGCCAGGACCUGCACAAAGUGGCCCACAACUACACCAUGGAACACUUCCUGGGUGUGAUGAAAAAUCAGGAGUUUCUGCUGCUCCCAGCAGGCGAGGUGGAGAAGCUCUUGGUGUCAGAUGAUAUGAAUGUUCCGGAUGAGGAGACAGUGGUGUCGGCUCUGCUCAGCUGGGUGCGCUACGAUUCUGCUAACCGCCAAUCACAGCUCCCCACACUGCUUCAACACGUCCGCCUGCCUCUGCUCAAACCCCAGUUUUUAGCAGACAUGGAGGCCAACCCGCUGCUGAGGGACAGCGUGGAGUGCCAGCGCUUGGUCAUGGAGGCGAUGAAGUACCACCUGCUGCCCGAGCGCCGGCCGCUGCUGCAGAGCCCGAGGACGCGGCCGCGAAAGGCCACCGUGGGGACGCUGUUCGCCGUCGGGGGCAUGGACGCCACCAAGGGAGCGACGAGUAUGGAGCAGUACUGCGUGCGGCGGGACACGUGGCGGCAGGUGGGCGUGCUGAGUGGGCGGAGACUGCAGUUCGGCGUGGCCGUCAUCGACCAGCGCCUCUACGUGGUGGGCGGCCGUGACGGCCUCAAGACCCUCAACACGGUGGAGUGCUACAACCCACGCAGCAACUCAUGGAGCGUCAUGCCUCCCAUGGCCACGCACCGCCACGGUCUGGGUGUAGCAGUGUUGGAGGGCCCCAUGUAUGCAGUAGGAGGUCAUGAUGGUUGGAGUUAUCUGAGCACAGUGGAGCGCUGGGAUCCUCAGGCCAGGCAGUGGAGCUUCGUCGCCUCCAUGGCCACGCCCCGGAGCACAGUGGGCGUCGCCGUGCUUAACAGCAAGCUGUAUGCAGUAGGAGGGAGAGAUGGCAGCUCGUGUCUGAAGUCAGUCGAGUGUUUUGAUCCUCACACUAAUAAAUGGAGUGCGUGCGCUCCCAUGGCCAAGCGCAGAGGCGGCGUCGGCGUGGCAACCUGGAAUGGCUUCCUGUAUGCCAUCGGCGGCCAUGACGCCCCCGCGUCCAGCCUCGCCUCCCGGCUCUCUGACUGCGUUGAGAGGUACGACCCGAAGACGGACACGUGGACGGCCGUGGCCCCGAUGAGCGUCAGCAGGGACGCCGUGGGGGUGUGUCUACUCGGGGACCGCCUGUACGCUGUGGGAGGCUACGACGGCCAGGUGUACCUGAACACGGUGGAGGCUUACGACCCCCAGACCAACGAGUGGACUCAGGUGGCGCCGUUGUGCUUGGGCCGAGCCGGAGCCAGUGUGGUCGCCGUCAAGCUGUGAUGCUCCGCCUCCUGAGGACUGUUACCGUGGUGAUUCUUGUACAGUAACCUCUUAGCUUUCUCAUUGGACAUGGAGGCAACGGAAUGACCUGAACACACACACACACACACACACACUUUAAUCUGGAUCAGGAGGAAUGCUAAAGACUCAUCGUAAGAACAUCUCAGAGAUGUGGGCAGGAAACACACACACACACACACACACAUUAAUCAGGAUGUUCAGAAUGCAUUUGUUUCAUUCAGCCACUGAUGAUCUCCUCAUGUCUUGGGAUCCUUUUUUUCUUUCACCACCUUUUUCUCAUUGUGUGAGAAAACAAGGAAUGGGAAGAAUGGUAGGCUGAACAAUGGGAUGGAUGAGUGAUAGAAGGAUGGAUGAACUAAAGGAAAGGAUAGAUGGAUGGAUGGAUGGAUGGAUGGAUGGAUGAGGAAAAAAAACAAGUAAUGGUAGAAAUGGUUGGGAGAACCAUGGGAUGAAUGGCUAGAUAGAUGGAUGGAUGGGUUAGGAAAAAAAACAAGGAAUGGGAGGAAUAGUUUUAAGAUGGAUGGAUGCGAAUAAAUAAGGAGUGUGAGAAAUGUUUGGUUGAAAGGGAUGGAUGGAUGGAUGGAUGGAUGGAUGGAUGGAUGCCUGCCUGUAGCAGAUUCCUAUUGUAAUCCUCCUCCUCUCCUCCCUUUAUUUUUUCUUAUAUUCUGUCAUUUCCUCUCCUCUCUUCUUUUUUUUCUUUUCUAAUUAUUUAUUUUGAGUCAUGUGGCCUUGUUUAUACUUUGCAAUGAGAUAAGUAGAAACAUACAAAUUGUGUGUGUGUGUGUGUUUGACAUUGUGAUUUUUCAGAUGUUUUCCCUCUUGUUCGUUGGCUUCAGUCUGUCAGCGUGUCUCAGGCGGGCUGUCAGUCAGAGUGCACGGAAGUCUCUAGAAAGCGCCGAGUUCAGAACACCAGGGCAGCCGCUGCAAGGCAUGAUGGGCUGUGAAUAUUAAAAAGAGGUGAUGCUAAGCUAACACACCUAUGACCAGUGCCAUUACUGCAUUAACUACGUUAAUAAACAGUGCUAGCUAUUGAAACAUGGUCAUAUGUGUGGAUCAGCUGUCAAUCAAACCUGUGUGCUGUUCUGAUUGGCUGUUAUCUUUUAAAUUCCCCAGCAGGGACUAUAGAUUGUAACCUGACAGUCUAGCCUUGCAUGGAUGAAGAGAUGGAGGAAUAACGAGUAGAGCAUGAAGGCAGACAGACAGACAGUGAGACAGACAGACAGUGAGACAGGUAGAGAGAGAGACAGAAGGUAAUUCAUUAGCAGAAGAAGGGCUGAUAAUUACGAGAUGAAAGGCUCAAAAUGAGGACAAAAAUGGGGCCGCUCUCUGAUACGAGCUCCAAACGGAAGAAGUGUAGAAGCACAGUCUCAUAUCAGACUCACACGUUCCUUUUGAAUUUGAUCGGCAUGAGAGCAGCAUCAGAAAAUGAUGAUUACGCAUCCAUCAGAUACAAUACGGUAUAAUCACUCAUGAUUACACGCUCGCUGAAUGCUGAGAGAAAAAACCUGCAGAAACAGAUUCUCUAUUCAGAGAUUCUAACGAAAACGUGAGGGCGAAUGCAAGCAUUUCGGACAAGCUGUAUUAUUUCACUGCUUUCGCUGGGUAGCUGUAGCUAGCUUACGCUAAUGUAGUAGAUAUUUAGUGAUAGUUUAUUUGUUUCAGUGGAUUCAGGAUGAAAAUUUGAUGGUUUGAUG